AUGGAAGAAAUAACGUACGAAAGUGUGGAGGAAAACUGUCAAGAUUUUCUCGACGCACUACUUGCCGACCUUCAGAACACGGUUCCCGGCCACAAUCAGCAGCAGCAUGGCGGUGGUGGUGGUGGUGGAGGUGGUUCAUCUGUUCCCGGAUAUGGUAGUCUGAAUGGGGUCCGGAACAAGCAACAGACCAGUCCCAUUCCGCAAACAUAUCAAAACACAUCAUCAAAAACGGUGAAUGAAACGCGGGCCACAAACGGUUACAAUGGUUCGCUACCUAGGUCGACGACACCGCACAACUCCUUGCCACGAUCAAGCACACCGCAGAAGUUGCAAACCUCCGCUUCCGGCAACCUUUCCGAACUGGACUCACUGCUGCAAGAUUUGAGCAGCGCUCGAUACGGCAAUGUCGUCGAAAAACAACCCAACAACGCCAUCGUCACUAGUCCAUCUCCGUAUGCCAUUAAUGAUAGCAUUAAGCGACCAUCGGUAGACAGCUUGCUGGAGGAGCUGAGCAAUGCGCACUCAAACCCGAUCUAUGCGGUUCCCCACGGGAAUCAAAAUGCAAACCAACCGGGUCGGCAAGUCACGAUAACGGUUCGUGAAACGACCACAGAAAAACUUACCGGUACUCCAAGUGCUCAGUAUCAAAAUCAGUUGUACCAACAACAGCUGGCCCAGAACGAAUCGCACACUUCGUCGGCCACGAAGGAAUUGGAUGAUUUGAUGGCGUCACUGUCGGAUUUCAAGUUUGUAAAUCUGUCUGUUAAAGCAGCGGCGGAGCACAACUCUCCGGCAGCCAGUGUGCUACGGAGCGUCGGCUACCGGGUUUAA